AUGAGUGUCCACGUGGCUCCAGAUAAUUCUGCAGUUUAUCUUGUCGAUCGAUGCAGUGUGAAAAGAGUUCUAUUAUCGAGUGGAAAUUUAACAACUGUUGCUGGUUUGAAUUUACAAUAUGGAGCUUGUGGUUUUGAUGGAGAAGGUUUGGCAACGAGUAGAAAAGUCAAUAGACCGAUGGAUGUUGCCUUGUUUACUCCAACUGUUGAUGAUCAAUUAUUAUAUAUUGCAGAUGCCAAUAAUAAUCGAGUUCGAAUGGUUUCGUUGACAAGUGGCGUGAUGUCCACUGUCGUAGGAGGAGUUGGUGAUGGAGGUCUAGCAGUGAAUGCUCGUCUCUUCUUCCCAAAAAGCGUCUUUUCAAAUAGUGUGGAUGGUUCCAUUUAUAUUGCCGAUUCAGAAAAUCAUCGCAUUCGAAAAAUUACAACAUCGACUGGAAGUAUUGACACCAUUGCAGGCAUUGGAACUGCAGGUUACAAUGGAGAUUUUUCAGAUGCCAAGAGCGCCAUGCUCAACUCACCCACCAGUGUGGUCGUUUCCAAACUUGGUGAAGUAUUUAUUGCAGAUUCUCGAAAUCAUCGAGUGCGAAAAAUUCUCACCAAUGGAACCAUUGUCACUCUUGCAGGAACUGGCACUGCAGGAUACAAUGGAGACUUUAUUCAGUCUACACAGAGUCAAUUGAACUAUCCAACUUCAUUGUUAUUGUCAGUGACAGAAAAGUACUUGUUUAUUGCAGAUACGAAUAAUCAUCGAAUUCGAAGAAUUUCAUUGCAGACUGGAAUGAUCACAACAGUAGCAGGAAACGGAAUUGGAGGAUUUGUGCCAAAUAGUGCUCAGCAGGAAGCAAUCGGAGUCGAUGCGAGAGAGACCCAACUGAACGGACCUCAUUCUUUAAGUAUUACCUUAAAUGGAGAAGUUUAUUUUUGUUGA